CUUGAGAGGAGCAUCAGAUGGGCAAGAGGGAGGAUUCUUCAAUUGGUUGAUGCAGAUGAACUUCUUCCAUUAGUCAGUGUUUUUUUCCAAAUUGUCCAAACUGGGUUGACAACAGAUCAAGGUAUCUCAGGGUAUCAAGCCCCACUGGUCCGGACAAGUGAUUAUGGACGGUCCAGCUACUUAAUAACUCGCGAGCAACUGCAGUUCCUGCAUUCAUGUGGUUUUGGACCUUGUCAGAUUGCUACCAUUCUUGAUGUGUCAGUCAGGACAGUUAAACGACGAAUGAGGCAGUUCAACCUUUCUAUCUUGAUGUACUCAAAUCUUAAAGAUCCUCAACUUGAUGAGAUUGUUCAACAUUUGGUGGGAGAAAAUGAAGAGAUAGGGGCAAAUGCUGUUCGGGCCAGGCUUGCAGCUAUAAAUAUUCGAGUGCAGCGAAGGGAGACAGUAUGAUCAGAGUAAAUCCAACAGGAGCUGCACAGAGAGCGUUGGCCCAAAGACUGCACCGAAGAACCUACCGUGUUGCAGGUCCAAACUCAUUGUGGCACAUUGAUGGAAACCACAAACUUAUCAGAUGGAGAGUAGUGAUCCAUGGCGGAAUCUGUGGCUUCAGCAGACUAAUUGUGUUUUUGCGGGCUUCGGACAACAACCGAAGCAACACGGUGUUUGAACAAUUUGUUCAAGCUACUGCCAGGUAUGGGGUACCAUCUCGGGUCAGAUGUGACCACGGAGGAGAGAACAAUGAUGUGUGCAUAUUCAUGAACACUUACCGUGGAUUAGAACGAGGAAGCGCUAUCCGUGGCAGAAGUGUCCACAACCAGCGGAUAGAGAGACUGUGGGGAGAUCUCUGGCGAGGUGUGACUAAUGUGUACCAUCAGCUGUUUUCCUUCCUUGAAAGUGAGCGAAUCAUUGACUGCUCCAAUGAACUUCAGAUGUGGGCACUACAUUAUGUUUAUCUUCCAAGGAUAAACCGGGACAUUCAAGUUUUCGUGGAUCAGUGGAACAACCAUGGUUUACGAACUGUUGGCCACCACACGCCAUACCCAAUAUUUGUCCAAGGAUGUCUGCAAAGACAAGCUCAACCACUCACUGCCAUGACUGAGAUUUUUGAAGGCAACACAGCUCCACAAGGUGCAGCUGUUUCAGUUCCUGUACUGAACUGGCAGGAAGCAGUUAGUGUUCCCCUUAACCAGUUCCGUCCAAAUGACAGGCAGAUGCAACUAAUCAAAGAUGUGGACAUUUUUGCAGGACCUAUAGGUAGUCAGUCUAUAGAUGCUCUACAAAGGGUAAUCAGUGUUUUGCAGGAAUAA